AUCUUUCAUUUUACCUAAAAAAAAAUCUGAAUUUUAUUAAUGCACUGAAACCAAAUCAGAAGGGACCCGGUUUGUAUUCUGCUGGUGAUGAUAGAACCAGAACCAGUGAAACCAGUCCAGGCUCUGGUUCUGGUUUUGGUUCUAGUCCUGACUCUAGUCUUGGUCCAGGUUCUGGUUCUGAGUAUUUGUUCUUGAGCUUCAUGUUGUGUGACUGAUUCUGGUGGACGUAAGAUGAUCUUUGGUUCUGGAACCAGAUUAACCAUCCAAACCAAAGAACAACAUAAACCAGAAUAUUACAUUUUGAGGGACAAGGAUGACUCCCCUAAGCUGUGUUUGGCGACAGAGUUCACCCGACAGAACGCGACUAUGGAUCAUCGCUUGUUCAAUGACACGGAGCCGGCCCGGAAUCCUAAAGACCAUCGGUUCUUCAGCCAAGUGGCGUUCCUGAAGGAUGGAGAUGAAACAAGCUGUGAAGAACGCCUGGAUGCUCCAACGUGCGAGGCCUCUAUGGAACCAGACACAAUGGUAAAUCUGGCAACUAUCAGCAUCUCCAUCCUCAGACUGAUUUUCAUCAAGACCGUCGUCUUCAACGUACUGAUGACGCUGCGCCUGUGGAUCAGUCAGUAAACUCGUGGGAACGUCAGAAACUCCACGGCUACACUUCCUGCUGACGGCCCACGUUCGUUCCUGUACAAAAACAUGCUCGUUGUUCUCUUGCACAUUUGUUUACAUGUACACACCUGACAUGAUGUUUACCACUUCUGUGUGACCAAUAAAAACCCAGAAACGGA